AUGGAGUGCAACACGUCGCGAUCGCGACUUUACAAAUUGUUUUUUAGAGAUGCGUCCGAUAAAAACGAUAUUGCGGCCUUUGAGAGCCUUCUGACUAGAUUAUACAUUUCAAUCGGUGACAAUUCGCAAGCAGAUGUUCACGCGGAAUACUUUUACUGCGUGCGAUCCGGUUUUGAGCUGCAUGAAGUGUCCCAAUUCAAAUGA